AUGUCGAUUUUUUUGGAGGAGGAAAUAAGCAUAAUAUCUUCCAAUUUUGAAAAUUCAGCUGCAAACAAGAAUAAUCUAAUUACGUACCAAGAUACGAAAAGACUGUAUCGUGUUGGCUUAAUGUGUGAGCGAAAACGUUUUUGCGCCGUCUCAAAAAUGAAUUAUCGCAUGAGAUUGCCAACUGAAAAGUCGAUUUGUUAG